GUCUCUUUAAAUGCCAGGGGCUGCGCUCCCGCCCGGGGAGCCCGGAGCCGGAUCUACAAUCCCGUCCCUCCCGCUCCGGCGCUUGUUGCUCGCCGGGUCCGAGCCGGAGCUGCCGCCGCCGGGCAGUCUGGCUGCUUCCUUCUCCGCCUUCUCGCGUCCCACCUACCCCCGAGAGCAGGUUGAGGGGGAACAGGAGUCCCUGCAGGAGGGAGGGGGUCGGUGUAAACAGGUAUUGCCCCCCACCUUCAUAUCUUGGGGCGCUACGUACCCGCGGGGGCAAGACAUGCGUCGCUUCCCGCUGCCCAGCCUCGCUGCCACCCGCGCCUGGAGAGGAGGGAUUGCGGAUCCCGCACCUGCAAACUCACCCUAGAAGUCUCAAGGUGGCCUCAGCCCCUGUCCGGGGACCCGUGCCAAUGACCCUAGUGGUGGUUUCGCUUUCUCCCCUCUCGGCUGUGUGAACGUGUAUCCGCAGCGUGAUGGGCAACCAGGUGGAGAAACUGACCCACCUAAGUUAUAAGGAAGUUCCCACGGCCGACCCGACUGGCGUGGACCGUGACGACGGGCCUCGCAUCGGGGUCUCCUACAUUUUCUCCAACGACGAUGAGGACGUGGAGCCGCAGCCGCCGCCCCAGGGGCCGGAUGGCGGCGGCGGCGACGGCUUGCCCGACGGCGGCGACGGACCGCCACUGCCACCGCCGCAGCCGUACGACCCGCGGCUGCACGAAGUGGAGUGUUCCGUGUUCUACCGCGACGAGUGCAUCUACCAGAAGAGCUUCUCGCCGGGCUCCGCGGCGCUGAGCACCUACACGCCCGAGAACCUGCUCAACAAGUGCAGGCCUGGCGACCUGGUGGAGUUCGUGUCGCAGGCGCAGUACCCGCACUGGGCUGUAUACGUGGGCAACUUCCAGGUGGUGCACUUGCACCGGCUGGAAGUGAGCAACAGCUUCCUGACCGACGCGAGCCAGGGCCGGCGCGGCCGCGUGGUGAACGACCUGUACCGCUACAAGCCACUAAGCCCGGGCGCCGUGGUGCGCAACGCGCUGGCACACGUGGGCGCCAAGGAGCGCGAGCUGAGCUGGCGCAACUCCGAGAGCUUCGCCGCCUGGUGCCGCUACGGCAAGCGCGAGUUCAAGAUUGGCGGCGAGCUGCGCAUCGGCAAGCAGCCCUACCGGCUGCAGAUCCAGCUCUCGGCGCAGCGCAGCCACACGCUCGAGUUCCAGAGCCUGGAGGACCUGAUCAUGGAGAAACGGCGCAACGACCAGAUCGGGCGCGCGGCGGUGCUGCAGGAGCUCGCCAUGCACCUACAUCCGGCCGAGCCGGACGAGGGCGACAGCGAUGCGGCGCGGACUACGCCGCCUCCCGGGCGCCCCCCUGCGCCCGGACGGGAGGAAGAGGCCCGAGAGGCGGCGGUGCACUGAGGCGCGAGCCGAGUGCUGAGCCUUGAGAGGGAGCCGUUCGCCGCGGCCGCCACCCCCUCCCUCCUCUCACUCCCUCCUCCAGCACCUUCGGGGCCCCAUCUGGGCUCCUGGGCCCUUUGGGAAAAGGAGAGGUGGCGAAUUGCGCAGCCAGCUGUGGCUUGAGCUUUUAUCUUGGACGGAGGAGGAAGAGGGAGCAGAAAUUCCAACCAGAAGACAACAACUUCAAAGCUGGACUCCGGCCCUGUUUUGGAGCAAGCAGCAGCAUCUCAGGCAACGUGAAGGGAGUGGCUUCAGUCUUGUUCCUGGGAGAAGACAUGCCCUUCAGGUCCAAGGGAAAGAGGGACAGAGUGGCAUAUCGAACAGAAACAGAGAGGGCCUGACCAGUAUGGAGAAAGCUGCCUGACAUGUGACAGACCCAAAGAGGAAGGAGGUGGCCGUCUCCAGGUGUGACUCAGAAUAAACACCCCACCUCACACUCCUCCCUCUUCUGCUGGUGUUGAUAAUUAGCCAAAGCCUACAAGAAGCCGAAUGGCAAGAGAACCCAUUGAUGGGUUCCUCCAGGCGGCCUCCUGGGGCACAGAGAAGAAUGGAGAGUGGAUCUGGGCCAGUCACUUGCACACGCCCAGCACAAAGGCCACGGGGACCACAUGUCAUCGAGUGUUCAUACGGCAAUCUAAGACUUUUUCAAUUAAAUGGCAAAGUACCGUACAACGAUAAUUACUUUGCUCUGAUAAUUCAGUCACUACUUUGAGUCACCCUGUAAGGGAUUUAUUAUUAUUAACUCCCCAGAAACCAAGGCAGACAGCGAUUAAUUACUGCUCCAAUAUAGCUAGAAAGACUUCUGAGAAAAAGUUUGUGAGACGCCCCUGUUCAGUCCUUGCUCAUAACCACUACACUCUACAAACUUAUUCUACCCUCUCCUUGGGCACUUCCUCAGAGCCAGACGCUUCUUCAGCACCCUAAGGGGCCUUUAUGACCUGGUUCCUUGACUUCCCCUCCUCUCCAAAAGUUGUCUGAGUCACUGGUCACAGGAUUCAGAAAUCGGGUCCAGGCGCUAACAGGCAAGACCGGACCCGGUGAAGGCCCGCGGUCGAGCAGCUCGUGGUGGACAGACAGGGCCACAGAACAGUGACCAGGGAACCAGCAGAAAGGAACAUAGAGACCAGAUGCAGACUUUCACCUGGAGCCUGGAGGUCGGGCCCAGAGGAAAAGCGAUAAGGAACAUGAAGGUUAUACGUGAGGUUGGCACAGCUCCUCAAGAAAUGGGUGAAAGAGGAGAGUGACACAUUGCUUUAGUGCAACCACGGCAGCCACUAUAUGUAUAGUGCUUUAGUGGUUAAGACAGAUCCCCAAAUAUUUCAGCAGCCGAUAGUUUCCUUUACUAGACUGUGGGCUUCCUGAGGAUGGUGGCUUGUCAUUUUGGUGUCCCUACAACCCAGCAAGACGUCUGACACUUAGUAGCUACCAUCUGCAAAUCCAUUGGUUAAAUCAGUCUUUGGAAGCAGAGCAAAUAAUGGAACCCUGAGGGCUUUGGUAGCCAAUGACAUCAGGAACAUCAUUCUGGUGCGAUUGAUCUUUGAGUGAAGUGAGAGUCCCCGGGGAGGCCAUCGAGUCUUUGGGAGCCUGAGUGUGCUCACACAUGAAAGGACAACUAAACGUCCCUACAUUUGCAGGAUUUCUGGGAAGUUGUACACACACGCACACACGCGCGCGCGCACACUCAAUACUGUUUUUGCAUCUGGCAAGGUAACCAUGAUGAUAUGAUGACAGUGACCAUGAUAACGAGGACGCAGCCUCCCUUGGGGAAACGUUCCGCUACCUCCAGUAUUUGAACGCAUUUGCUUCCAGACAGUCCCGUCUAAACAACAAACAGGUCUUAAGCUUCUCACUUGAGAAAAAAGCCGACGAAGAAAGCUGUGCAGGUAGCAAGGUGACCUCUGUUAUUAAAUCAACACAACGGAGCAGACUUCUCACCCCACGUGUAAGGGUUAUGAAGGAAGGUUUAAAAGCCACCCCUCCUCAUCCUCUCUGAGGUAAAAGCUCUUGCUGCAGGGGUUUGCUGAGCCUUCCUAAGCCCGGGGUGACACCAGGUCAUGAGAUGGUGCUUAAGUAGUUCAUCUCUGGGUUAGUUGUGAUUUUUUUUUAUCUUUUUUGUUUUGUUUUGUUUUUCCGGUCAGCUUUCUCAGCCUGUAAAAGUUCGAGUCUUCUUGCCUUCAUCAUUCUCACCACGAGAGUCUCAUACCUUGCUCUCGUUCCCAUGCUUCCCACCCCUCAUUCCACCAAAAGCAGUGUGCUUAGUGGUAAAGUCGGUGAAGACAGCAUUUAACAGACAAAAUGGCGGACCGACUCCCCCUGGCUCUCUGUAUCAGCUCCCUCGCUGACACCCACCUGUGGUCUGACAAGGAGGGACUCUCUCUACAGGGACUGUCCCUACUCUGUGUUCACUGUGUUUCUAACAUGAGCUCAUCAGUCUCCUCUGCAACCUGGGUGGUGGAGGAGGAGAGAGGAUGCAGGAAUCAGGGGCCACAAAAUAUGAGGCAUUUGGCAGCUUUCUUUCAAGGCGUUAUUAGCUAAACAUUAAAACAAAAUGUGCUCAUUAAAUUCAGCAGCCGAGGAUGGUACUUGGUUCCUGUGCAUGAUGACGAUCCAUAUAACAUGAAUCACAGUCAGGAAUGCAAGCUGGACUUGAAGCAAACUUCCCUGAACUGUGUAGCACUGGUAAACAUUGCUGUUUGCUGCGUGAAAGUGCCUGGGGAAGGCUCAGUCGAGGACUUCCCGUAGGGCACAUUUCAGUAGCAUUGAUCCAAGAGACCUUGUCCUCUCUUCUCCUGCCCUACUUGGAAGGGGAACCAUGUUGGAUUCAUCGAUCCUCUGGUUCUCUCCCACUUGUAUGAGUGCAGGAAUCUCAGCCUGGAGUUUACUGAUGUGCAAAGAUCUAUACAUAGUGUUCAUGGACCUUCUGAUACUUAGACCAAUUUUGUGUCUCUGUCUUCCAUGGGCUUCUCUUUCUGAGAAAAAUUUCCAAGUCUUUCAGGAAAAUCCCAUGGUUGUGCACAUCCUCCAAAACAUUAAGAACCACUAACGUGGAGGGUUAGUUGAAACAUUCUGUAAACUAUACAAAGCAUAUUUUAGGCA